GACACGCCGUCUCUCACUCUGUCCACUACUACCUCUGCGCGGACUCCUGCAACCCUUCGACAGCCUCAAAUUGUUACUUAUUUGUGACGGAGGCUCGAACUCGUCGGGAUGGCGAAGGGAAUGUUCGGAGGUUUGAAAGGCCUUGAUGCCUUCGGUAAGACCAUGGAAGAUGUGAAAGUGAAGACAAGGACUGGUGCAUUCCUGACCAUUCUGUCCGCUGCCAUCAUCCUGGCUAUAACGACCAUGGAGUUCUUCGACUACCGAAGAGUAAAUGUGGAUACUUCUAUAGAAGUUGACAAGAGCAGAGGAGAGAAGCUCAUCGUGAGCUUCAAUGUUACGUUCCCCCGCGUGCCAUGCUACUUGCUUAGCCUGGACGUUAUGGACAUUAGCGGUGAGACACAGACCGAUAUUGUGCACAAUGUGAUCAAGACACGCCUGAACGAGCAAGGGAACCCUGUCCCGGCGAACAAGAUUGUUGAGCUUCGGAACGAUAUCGAUAAGCUGAAUGAGCAGCGGCAAGACGGAUACUGUGGUUCGUGUUAUGGAGGCGUCGAGCCCGCCGGCGGGUGCUGCAACACUUGCGAAGAUGUUCGACAAGCAUACGUCAACCGCGGCUGGAGCUUCACCGCUCCGGACUCCAUCGAGCAGUGUGCUCAGGAAGGAUGGGCAGACAAGCUGCGCGACCAGGCGAAUGAGGGCUGCAACGCUGCAGGCAAACUUCGCGUGAACAAGGUUGUUGGUAACAUCCACCUAUCGCCUGGUCGCUCCUUCCGCAGCGGCUCUCAUAACAUCUACGACAUCGUGCCUUACCUGAAGGAGGACGGUAAUCGCCACGACUUUUCGCAUACCGUCCACGCAUUCGCAUUUGCAGGCGACGACGAGUUUAACUUCCAGAAAGCGGACCACGGGAAUUCACUCAAAAGACGCCUCGGCAUUGCAGACGGGCCUCUGGACGGCACUACGCAGAAAACCUCAAAGCAAGCGUACAUGUUCCAGUACUUCUUGAAGGUGGUCUCUACGCAAUUUAUUACUCUUGACGGCAAGAGCAUCAAGACCCAUCAGCACAGUGCUACGCACUUCGAGCGCGACCUGUCGAAGGGAAUUGCCGAGAACAGCCAGCAAGGCAUGCACGUCAUGCACGGUAUGACCGGUAUCCCAGGCGCCUUCUUCAACUACGAGAUCUCUCCCAUUCUCGUCGUCCAUCGAGAGACCCGGCAGUCAUUCGCACACUUCCUGACCUCAACUUGUGCUGUCGUAGGUGGAGUUCUGACGGUAGCGUCGCUCAUCGACAGCAUGCUUUUCGCCACAAGCAAAAAGUUGAAGAAGAGUGGCACGAGUGGGCUGAGCGCGGGUUAUUCCAACGGGAAGCUGAUGUAAACGGCUGCUUGUCUUUAUUGAUUCACUGCAUGUAUCAUCAUGUUUAUUGGGAUCCUGGUCAGCAUAUGCCUCGGCGCAGAGGCUUGGAGG